AUGUCGAGCUUCACUUAAAUCCUUUUCUGACACUCGGUUACCCUACCAUGACCCUUCCCACUGAUUCAUCACCACCACCUGAAUCCACCACUACCAACGGCGUCGCCACCUCCUCAGAGGAAAACCCACAAGGACAGCCACCGUCGUUUCCAACUCCGCCGCAAGAACUACGAGUCCCAAUAUGGUGGCCAGAAGAGGGCAACCUGAGCAUGGAAUGGAUCGAGAACCUGAUGUCAUGCUUCGAUUGGUGUUCUCGGAACCUUCCUCCCUCCGAGUUCCAUUCCGUUCUCCCCGUCAACGUCUUCGACUCUCUCAUCCUCAUCGCUUCCAAGAUGCUCCACAAGGAACCUAAUUGUGUCACCAUAGACCCCUUUCGCCCUAGCCCCGAUUCCGCGGCCGCCUCCGUCAUCGUCGUCGGCGACGUUCAUGGCCAAUUGCAUGAUCUGAUUUUCCUCCUCCAUGAUGCCGGUUUUCCCUCCCAAGAUCGAAUUUUCGUCUUCAACGGCGAUUAUGUGGAUCGCGGCGCUUGGGGCCUUGAAACUUUCUUGCUCUUGUUAGCUUGGAAGGUAUUCAUGCCACAUAACAUAUAUUUGCUACGAGGGAAUCAUGAAUCUAAAUAUUGUACGUCAGUCUACGGUUUUGAAAAAGAAGUAAUGGUGAAGUAUGGUGAUAAAGGUAAGCAUGUGUACCGGAAAUGUUUGGGAUGCUUUGAAGGUCUCCCUUUGGCUUCUAUUAUAGCAGGGUGUGUAUACACAGCUCAUGGAGGACUUUUCCGCAGUGUAACAGUGACACCUUCAAAGAGAUUAAAAGGAAAGAAGAAUCGUAAGAUUAAUGUUAAUCAUGAUAGCAAAAUUCUUUCCCUUGGUUCCUUGGAAGAAUUGUCUAAGGCUCGGCGAUCAGUUCUGGAUCCUCCUUGGGAAGGCUCAAACUUGAUUCCUGGUGAUGUUUUGUGGUCUGAUCCAUCAAAAACUCCCGGUCUUGCUCCAAACAAAGAAAGGGGUAUUGGCUUGUUGUGGGGUCCUGACUGCACUGAAGAAUUUUUGAAGAAGUACCAAUUGAAGUUGAUCAUCAGGUCACAUGAAGGUCCUGAUGCUAGGGAAAAAAGGGAUGGUUUGGAUGGAAUGGCUGAAGGUUACACUAUUGAUCAUAUUGUGGAUUCUGGAAAGCUGGUCACCCUGUUUAGUGCUCCAGAUUACCCACAAUUUCAGGCAACAAAGGAGAGGUAUAACAACAAAGGUGCAUACGUUGUCCUUGAAGCCCCGAAUUUUGACAAUCCUAUAUUUCAUGGAUUUUCAGCCGUUUCCCCAAGGCCGAAGGCGAAUGCCUAUUACGAUUAUGAAGAGGUGAUAGACUCCGACGAAGAAUUGGACUUGGCCUCCAUGGUAACUUCCUGAGGGAUUUUUGUGCAAAGAAAAUGUUAUGUUUUCAUCUUUGUGAAAGUUAUAUUGAUAUUAUUAUUUUUAGAAAUGCAGUUUUUUUUCAAGUUAUAAUUAUUAUCGAUCCGAUUUAUAAAGUUUGUAUAUCAAA